GAUACAGUUACUAAACUUCAGGGAGAGAGAGACCCACAGUUUUCUCAUGAUACAAACACACACUUCUACCCAUCAAUCACACGGUGGCUGAGGCGAGAGCGAUAUAGGUAUACUGAGAAAAAUUUUUCUCAAUCGGAAAAACCCAAAAAAAAAUAUUAAAAAAAAAAUCAUGGCUCAAGCACAGCCCCAUCGCAAGAUUGAAGAAGAAGAAGAAGAAGAAAUCUCCCAUCAUCACAUGGAUUUGAAAGAAAUUAUCAAAUCCAAACCAUCUCAGAGUAUUAGUUGUAGCAGUAGUAGUACCAGUUCUCCUUGUUCUUUCAAAUUCAAUGUUCAGGCACGUGAAUUCGUCCCUAGAUCGCAUUCUCCGUCCACCGCCGCUCAGACUCAGAUGCCUAUUUCUGGUUAUUUUUAUCCUUGCUUUCAUUAUCUUGGUGCUACUGCUGGAUCUGAUUGGUUUUUUCUUGGGGAACAAGACCCUCAUGCCUAUUUGAUCUCUAAUCCAAAUCUUGCUUUGCCCAAUUCCUCCAAUAAGACUACUCUCCUUACUGAUGAUCUUCGCCAAAAGAUCCUCAAACAGGUGGAGUACCAGUUCAGUGAUCUGAGCCUUCUUGCAAAUGAAUCCAUGUCAAAAAACAUAAGCAAAGAUCCUGAAGGUUAUGUACCGAUAUCUGUGAUUGCUUCCACAAAGAAAAUGAAGUCCCUUGUUAAUAAUAACCAAUUGCUUGCCCAAGCACUUCAGUCCUCUGCAAAACUUGUUGUCAGCGAAGAUGGCAAGAGAGUUAAACGUAAAAUCCCUUUUACUGAGAAAGACAGAGAAGAAUUGCAGUCUCGUACUGUUGUGGUGGAGAAUUUGCCUGAAGAUCACUCUCAUCAAAACCUUGAGAAAAUUUUUAGCGUGGUUGGAAGUGUAAGAACCAUCAGAAUAUGUCAUCCUCAAGAGUCUAAUUCUUCUCGUAGUAAAAGUGAUUUUUUCAUGAGCAACAAGCUACAUGCACUUGUGGAGUUUGAGAAUCUAGAUACAGCAGAGAAAGCGGUUGAGAAGUUGAAUGAUGAAAGGAAUUGGAGGAAAGGCCUCCGAGUCAGGGUGCUGCUCAGAUGCUCACCAAAAUCUGUCCUCAAGAGCAGAAAGUCUGACUUUGACGUCCUGUUGGAUGAAGAAGACUUUCCAGCUCCAGAAUCAAAUGAAGGUUCUCCUCCGAUUCAUCAGAUUCACAAUGCAGAAUGUAUCGCUGAGAGUAUUAAUGUGGAAGAAAAUUCAGGGCCAUUGAAGAAGGGAUGGGCAAGAGGUCGUGGCAAGGGCAAAGGACGUGGUCAAAGCCAUGGUGGUCGAGGCCUGCUUGCCCCGUUUCCACUGUCUGUUAGCUCUCCCCAAUGUGAAGCAUCUGCUAAACAGGCCUCCAAGGGUCCAAGAAUGCCUAAUGGGACAAGGGGUUUCACCAUGGGCCGUGGGAGGCCACUAGGAAGUCCAGCUCUGGCCUGUUCAAUGCUAGAAUAAAUGGGUAUUUUCUUUUGAUCAAUUAGUUACCAAGUGGCUUAGUUACUAUUAAGCUGCUCUACAUUUUUAUAGAGUUGGAGAAGCAAGAUUCAGUUAUGAAGCCAAUGUAUGGGCUGUUUUAGAGAUUGUGGAGGUUUCUUCUUAAUAAUCUGAGGUGUAUAGUAUGGUGUGUCUUGUGACAUCCGCUGUAAGCAUUGCAAUAUUAUCAUUGCAUGACAUUUUUGAAUGGUAUGUUGAUUCCGUGUUAUUGUAUUGACACUUUGAAUAAUGAGUUUGAGGGAUAAUUUCUCUCUAUUUUUGAUGUUAAUGAU